AGCAGCAGUAGCCGCUUCAGCGGAGCCGGAGAUGGGCAGAGAGCGCACGCCGCGCAGCAGCUCGGGAUCCACCGCCCUCUGCUCCCGCAGCUCCCAGUGUCCCCGCCGCUGUCGCCGCCUCGGUGUCCCCCGGCUCCCGUCCGGCUCCUAGGACAGCGCCGCCACCGCCGCCGGGCCCUGCUUGUCUCCUGCGCCGCGCAGCCCUCGCGCGCACCCGGAUGGCGCUUUUCUCCCAGUACCGAUUUAAAAACUAAUAACUCAAGAAUUUCAUAAUACAUUGGAACUGUUUAGCAACUGUCAAUGAGCUUCCUGUGAUAUGUUCUCUAUAUUAAAAAAUUAUGACAUCAACAUCCAAAGGAAUUCUCCGCCCAUUUCUGAUAGUCUGUUUUAUCCUGGUCUGCUUCAUGGCCUGUCUGCUCAUUUACAUCAAGCCCACCAAUAGCUGGAUCUUCAGUCCCAUGGAGUCAGCCAGCUCAGUGCUGAAGAUGAAAAAUUUCUUCUCCACUAAGACUGAUUAUUUUAAUGAAACCACUGUCCUGAUUUGGGUAUGGCCAUUUGGACAGACCUUUGACCUUACAUCUUGCCAAGCAAUGUUCAACAUCCAAGGAUGCCACCUCACAACGGAUCGUUCUCUAUACAACAAAUCUCAUGCAGUUCUGAUCCAUCACCGAGACAUCAGUUGGGAUCUGACUAAUUUACCUCAGCAGCCUAGACCACCCUUCCAGAAAUGGAUUUGGAUGAAUUUGGAAUCACCAACUCACACACCCCAAAAAAAUGGUAUCGAACACCUGUUCAACCUGACUCUGACUUACCGCCGCGACUCAGACAUCCAAGUGCCUUAUGGCUUUUUGACGGUGAGCACAAACCCAUUUGUGUUUGAAGUGCCAAGCAAAGAGAAGUUAGUAUGCUGGGUCGUAAGUAACUGGAACCCACAGCAUGCCAGGGUAAAGUAUUACAACGAGCUAAGCAAAAGCAUUGAAAUCCAUACCUAUGGGCAAGCAUUUGGAGAGCAUGUGAAUGAUAAAAAUUUAAUUCCUACCAUAUCUACUUGCAAAUUUUAUCUUUCUUUCGAAAACUCAAUCCACAAAGAUUACAUCACAGAAAAGCUCUAUAAUGCUUUCCGGGCUGGCUCUGUACCUGUUGUUCUGGGGCCAUCUAGGGAAAACUAUGAGAAUUAUAUUCCAGCAGAUUCAUUCAUUCACGUGGAAGAUUAUAACUCUCCCAGUGAAUUAGCAAAGUAUCUGAAGGAACUUGACAAAAACAAUAAGUUGUAUCUUAGUUACUUUAAUUGGAGGAAGGAUUUCACUGUAAAUCUUCCACGAUUUUGGGAGUCACACGCAUGCUUGGCUUGUGAUCAUGUAAAAAGGCAUCAAGAAUAUAAAUCUGUUGGUAAUUUAGAGAAAUGGUUUUGGAAUUAA